CAAAUUAUAGCUCCAAAUCUGGUAAUUUAUAUUUUAGCCAAUCAAAAUUCACCUUUCCCCUAACCCAACCAACCACGUUUUUUAUUUUCUCAGCGCUGACAGCGUGAACCUCGAAAACAGCCAUAGUCUUCUUGGAACGCGAGUUCGAUAUUUGUCGCCAUAUUUUUUCGUCUGACCGAGGUGCAAAUGCACCUUUAGGCAUUGUAAACAUACUUCACAUACUUGUAAAAAAAAACAGCUUUAUUUUGAAAUCUGCGCAUGCGCAGCCCGUUUUGUUACCACAGCUGAAGUUUCCAUUCUAUUGCGGUUUAGGGUUGUAAAGUUUCAUGAAACUUUGGAAAAUGAAAUGUUUCAUGAAAGUUUCAAUGCUUCAUGAAACAUUUCAAAGUUUCAAGUUUUAAGCGGGAAAUUUCAAAUUCAAUGCAAGAAAGUAUAAUAAUUAACGCAUAUUAUUAUCGACAAAAACAUGAAGUAUUAUUAUUUACUUUAAUAUCUUUCUUUAAUUUUUAUAAAUAAAAUAAAUAAUUAAAAAAUAUAUUAAUAAUUUAAUUUUAAGUCACUCGUUAGAGGUAAUAUUUUAGGUAAUUUUUAGUUAAUAUUAACAUAACUACUCUCGUGUUUUCGGAUGUAAACAAAAAAUUUUCAUUAAAUUGUUUCGAGCUAACCUAAAAUUUCUAGAGAUUAUCUAACCUGAACUGACAACUGCGCAUGUGCAAAUAAAGCUUAAUUAUUGGUUCUUCAAUGUUUUAUGAAAUUAAUGAAACUUUCGCUUAUGAAACAUUGAAACUUUCAAAUGAAAGUUUCAUUGUUUCAAUGAAACGUUUCAUCACUCACAACCCUAGUUAUUUAAAUGUUUUCAUGUUUUCAACUGCCUCUUGUUUGUUCUGACAGUUGGCUAAGCCUCAAGUCAUUUAAGAAGAAGAAGAAGAACUGCCUCUUGAUUUACAAUUCAAAUGAUAUAAAUUGUAAUUAGAUACUUAUAUAAAAUAAGUACAAGUUAAAAAGUCUUGGUUUCUGUAAUCCAAACAUUGUAAAAUGCCAUCAUUCGUUUAAUGUCUCGUCACGGAAAAUCGUCGAGUUUAUAAAAGCGAUAAUGUUGAUAUUGCAUUAAUCAUGAAUAUUUAAUUGGAGCUGUUUCUCCUAUUCGGGAGUGUAUAGAUCACUAUCAAAGCUUCAGUAAAGUGUAUUUGGAUCUAAUUCUUCAAUUCGGUGCCAUGGCUAGUUCAAAUGGUUACGGCGAUACUUCUGACUACAAUGAAUUGUUUCUCGCAGUCCACAAUGGAGAAUUGAGUCGAGUUCAUUCUCUGCUCGAGAAGUAUUCGGCGACGGAAACGAUUCGUGGCAGGACGUUGCUGCAUGUGGCGACUGCAAGAGGACAUUUAGAGAUUGCAAAAAUGUUCAUCACUAAGCGAGACGGGGAUGGUAAUACACUGCUGCAUUUGGCGAUAAGCGAAAACCAGCCUGAGGCAUUCAAUCUUCUUUUAGAAGAUAGUAACUUGAACGCAAGAAAUCUCAAGGAUGAGAGACCACUUCACUUUGCAGCUUUGCAUAAUCGCCCUGAAUUCGCAAAGACACUUAUAGACAAUGACGCUUCUAUUGGAGUGAAAGAUAGUAAGGGAAAAACGCCACUUGAUGUUGCAUUGGCGAAAGGAAACGUUCAGGUAGCACAAGUUCUUUUUAAACAUGGUGCGGUUUUAAGUGAGAACGAUUUAAAAAAUAUGGAACCGCUUUGUAACGCAGUUAGGAGAGGAAAUUUUGAAAUGGUAAAGCUGCUCAUUGCGAACGGAUGUAGCACAGUCGAUGUUCCAAAUGAUGAUCGCAGUUAUUUGGAAUCUUCUCUUAAACUUGCAGUGUCAUCUGGUCGUUUGGAUAUUCUUAAAUAUCUCGUGAAGAAUGGUGUAAAAAGCAUCGCAACAGUUAAGGAAGAUAAACUAGGCUUAUUUAGAUCACUUAUUCACCAAGGCAGUUUGGAUACUUUAAAAUGUUUAGUCGAUAUUGGUAUUAAAGUAAAAAACUUAGAUGACGUAUUUAAUGCUACAUUUAAUUUGUGUCGUCAUGACAUGUGGAAAUAUUUAGUAACAAGGUUGUCGAAACUUAGUGCAAAAACGUAUUAUAAAGAGAAGCAGCUUCAUUUUUCUAUUCGAACGGGCCAAGUGGAGACUGUCAAAGCAAUGGUAAAUGAACCAUUAAACGCAUAUGAAUCGAACACUUUCGCCAAAAAAUUAGCCGUUUACACUGCCGUUGAAAGUGGCAGUGAAGAAAUAUUAGAAAUUCUUCUAAACGCUCGUUAUCCUGUCACUGGCAGUCUGUUUAAAUGUAUAAGUCCUCUUCACCUUGCAGCAACAUUCGAGCACCCGAGACUAGUGAAACUGCUCUUGAAAGCAGGAGCUGAUGUUAAUUUACAAACUGAUCAUGGUCUCACUCCUUUACACUUCGCAGCAACUUCAGCGCAGCCAGCUGUAGUUAGAUUUCUUCUAAAUCAUGGUGCUGAUCCCUCUAUAACCUCUAAAUUUAAUGAAUCACCGUUGAAAGCGGCUUUGGAGGUUCAUUCAGGCUCGUAUUGUCCCAUACCUGUAACUCCUUUAGUGUUUGAUGGAUUGGUAAAAGUGACGGAUAUGUUAAUCCAAUAUUCGAAUAGUAAAACUUAUGAAGAUUUAUUUUAUUACGCAUCUAAAAUAAGAGUUUCACCAAGUAUCAAUAACUCAAAGCCAGUGUCAAGAGAACUAAUAUCGACUGUAGGUGAUUUUAUAUUUCGACCUGAAAUUAUUAGAUGCAUAACUAAUUAUCUAAGUGAAGAGGAAGUUAAAGAUUUUUCUGAGACAUUUUUAUUUGAAGAAAGUGAUUCAUCUCUUUACCCACCAGAGUUGUUUCAACUUAUGAUGGAAUUUAAUGAUUCAAAAUCAUGCUUUGAUAUAGAAAUAAACACUCGGAAUAAAAAUAACAAGUGCCAAUUGCUCUUAAUUAAUUACUCGAAAAACGUUAGUAAUCUUUUACAUACAAUUACGGAAAUUAUUGAUUCUUGCGAUGAAGAUGACGACAAUGACGUGGAGAAGAAGAAUAAAAUAGAUUUAUUAAAAUUACUAGUAUGUCGUUUAGUAUUAUUGAACAAAGAUUGUGAUCUAACUGAGUAUGAAGAAUAUGAAUUAAUUGAUGAUCUUAUUGAUUGGCAAAAUAAUUGUGAACUGGAGAAAAUUGUCAUGAAAAGUACGAAAGUUAAUAAAAAUUUAAAUUUCACUUUCUAUGAUGUAUUAACGAAAUCAAUUGAUAAUGUUGCUAUAUACGCAAAUAACGAUGAUUUUCUCAUUGGAAUAAAAUCUUCACAAAUAAAAUUUCCUGCAUAUGCUGAUUUUUUGAAGACAAGUGUCGAAAUGGCCGAAAGAAGAAGAAAUUUCAUCAAUGAGAGCACGACAUUAAUGUAUCGUCUAGUUGAAAAAUGUUACAAAAUUCGAAUUUCUACUUCUGACAUUCGUCACAUUCUCCAGUAUCUCUCUAUUGUAGAUUUGCGAAAAUUUUCAGCCGCUUGUUCCUAAAAUGUAAUUUUAUGACAAAUAACGCAAAAAUCAGUUUUGUUGAAUAAUUUAUGUAUUUUUUUGUUCUGCGAUGAAGAAAUUGUAAUUUAAAGAUUUAUUUCCAUGAAGGUGUUGAAAAGUAGUUUAAUCUUUAAUAUUAAUUAUUAUUAACAUUUCUACAUUAAUUAUGAAGAGUUAAAAUUUAUGGAUGUAUAAUAUGUAUAUUGCGAUUACAUCGUUAACUAAGCUUGAAGCUUUAAUUCAGUGUUUUGUACAUUGGCUCAUUAAGAUUAGUAAAUCAAACGCUUAUUAAAAGUUUGUUUAAAAUAUUUUAGUAAUGUGACAAU